AUGUCUUUAGCCUCAACAUUGGCACUCGUUUUUACUGUGUUAGCUUCUGUAACAAUUGUUGCUGCCAUUAUAUUAUUGGGCUGGUUCCUAAUUUGGAAAGCAUUCUUGUCUAAAUUCAGAUUAGUACGAGAACUCUUGGGACAGACAAAUCCAGACGGCUCACCAGCAACUCCGGAAAAAUCAACAGAUUCUAUAGGUGGAACAACACAGUCGCAUGCUAAAAGUAGAAAAAUAAGAAAAGACUAA